CAGGUGAACAAGGUGAUGUCCAUCUUGUUUUAUGUGAUAUUUCUCGCUUAUCUUCGUGGUAUCCAGUCUACCAACAUGGAUCAAAGGAGUCUGCCAGAAGAUUCAAUUAAUUCUCUUAUUAUUAAACUCAUUCAGGCAGACAUUUUGAAAAACAAGCUUUCUAAGCAGAUGGUAGAUAUUAAGGAAAACUACCAAAACACAGUGCAGAAAGCAGACACUCAGCAAGACAUGGAUGGAGAUGAAAAUGUGAAAUCAGACUUCCAGCCAGUUAUCUCAAUGGAUACAGACCUCUUACGGCAGCAGAGACGCUACAACUCUCCCCGAGUCCUCUUGAGUGACAACACGCCUCUGGAACCUCCACCGCUGUACCUCAUGGAGGAUUAUAUUGGAAAUUCAGUGGUGGUGAACAGAACCUCCCGGCGGAAAAGGUACGCAGAGCACAAGAGCCACCGAGGGGAAUAUUCCGUUUGUGACAGUGAAAGUUUGUGGGUCACGGACAAAUCAUCUGCAAUUGACAUUAGAGGACACCAGGUAACUGUUCUGGGAGAAAUUAAAACAGGCAACUCUCCAGUUAAGCAAUACUUUUAUGAAACAAGGUGUAAAGAAGCCAAGCCUGUAAAAAACGGCUGCCGUGGCAUUGAUGACAAGCACUGGAACUCCCAAUGCAAGACGUCCCAAACUUAUGUUAGAGCACUGACUUCAGAAAACAAUAAACUGGUAGGCUGGAGAUGGAUAAGAAUAGACACCUCCUGUGUGUGUGCAUUGUCAAGGAAAAUAGGAAGAACAUAA